AACAUUACCAUCCUUAAAACUUCAAUUUUUGGCUUUCGGGUCAGUUUAAGUCCAAAAAUGUCACCUCUUUAUGGCUUUCUUCCCACUCCUUCAGCAAAUCUACCCAUUAAACAGACUUUUUUCACACCACCUCUCCACCUAUCAGACCUCCAGCCAUCUGACUUCAUGGCUGAGACCUCUGAGCUUUCUCAGGGUGUUAUGAGAGCUUUACCUUUCACAUUAUGCAUUAACAUGGCUGACUUCACUCCUGAAGCCUCAUUAGUUCACUGACCUUGGUGUUUUAACACUUAAUGUGAAAUAAAACCUGCCCCUUGACCUCGAACAACGCCAGGUCAGCUAUGAAUCAUGUCUGUAUGUUGCUGAAAAGUUUUGUAACCUGGGAUAUAGAAACUCACCUGAGCUGUUACAGCAGGGUCAGGUGAGUUUCUCCGUUCAGUUAAAUCAAGCUUUGACACGAGGCAGACGUCAAGCGGAACACUGAUAGAUAUCAACUGGUCCUGUGUGGGUGUCCUGAGAAAAAAUUGUAAGUUACACCUUUUUAUCCUUAUUUUUUUUUCUUUUUUGGUUAAAUUGAUUAAGAGUUUUCCUUUUUAGUUCUCCAAUCACUUCCAUUUUCCACAAAGUAAAGCAAGAAUUAUGUUUGAAAACUAAAACUGCAAAUUCAGCCACUUCUAUUAUCCAGAAAAUGAAACCCUUUUUCAUCUUCUUGCUUUUGGUUUCAUUUACUACAGCCUAUGAAAGCAGAAUUCAUGCUUUGUUGUCCACUGUGCACAGACAAGUCAGGUCAGCUGGAACUGCUUUAUUUUGGCUGUGGACCUCACAAUUUUACAGGUAAGUACAUUUAUUUGAAAAAGAAAAGGAAGAGAUUUUUGUAAAAGAGGAAGUAAGGAUGUUAAAUGCAUAGCUUUGAUUCCACUUGAUUGAUUUGAUGUUUCAUUGAGCUGCAGCUUUAAAUUUGACAUUUUAAGAUGCUAAACGAGCACUUUCAGGUCAGAUAUUGAAAUGAGUGCAGAUGGAGGAAAUGAGCGAUGCAGAUGACUAGUAUAACCUCACUAAUCUGAUUUGUUCAGUGUGGUUGACUCUCGAGCCGGUGUGGGAAAAUAUUUCUGGAAGACCUGAGGAGCCACACAGUCAGUCCCCUCAUUAAAAUUACGUCGUGUGCAAUUUCACACAUCCCACACUUCCAGGUUUUCCAGGCUGUGCUCUAGAGACAGCGAUGAAAGUUUAGUUUUAUCAACGACUCGCUCAUUUCAUCUCAGUCAUGCAUAGACUCACAACAACCGAUGAGACAUUACCUUUAUUACAAGUGAGUGGAGUGCAGAGAGGCUCAUCUGAGAUUUUUUAUGUUUUAUUUUUUUUGAACAAAUUUGUGAUUUUGAGGUUUUAAUCACUAAAUGAAAUGUAUUUUUUCAAUGACCACAGGACAAACUGGUCAACUUUGGACUGUUCAAAAGGAGUGUAAAAAUCACAAAAUGCUGCAUUUUUAUCUUUUUUUUUUUUUUUGUAAUAAAUAUAUUUCCUUUUAUCUCUUUGUGCUUUUUUAGCUUUCGUCUCAUAGUAUCAGUAACAGCAGAAAGAAGAAGUCGAACCUGUGGAGCUCCAUCCUCAAAAUGAUUCCUCACAUGGCUCUGUGCAAAUUCUGUAAGUAUCACUUUGUCUUCUAGUUCUACUUUAACACAGUAAAUGAACAGUUACAAAGCUGAUACCUAUGAAGCAGUUGAAUCAGGGAAUGAACAAACUUCUUAUGCAUAGUAUAAAAAUGUCAAAACCCGUGCCAGGGAAAAGAAAACUACAUGCACAAGGACAAGUUUUAUAAAAAAAAAAAAAAAAGAGAGGUACUUUUGUGUCAUGUGUAAAAAACAAGAACUUUUUUAACAAUGAGUCAACUUGGGAAGAUGCGGACAGUUUAAGCCAAGCAUGAGCUAAUCUUUUCACUUUCUGUUUUUGCUUCAUUUUCAUUGAGUUUUUGUGUGUGAGGAUCACUAUAGCUCUGUCCUAAACAGACAAACAGUUCCUUGUAAAUGUAAACCUACUUUGAACUUCCACUCUGACGCUGUGAUUUAUUACACAUUGGUCGGGUUUUCUACUUUAAUACAAACAGUGUAACUAAGACAUGCAGAAUGAAAAUAAGUUUCUUGCUCAUUACAGACUGCACAGGAAAAGUCAGUUUCCUGUUAGACUGAGGAUCCUGCUCAGUGUGAAAUCCCAAACUGACUCAUCUGACUAACUGUGCUCAUAUAAAACAAUGAAGUUCCUCAAACUUUCCAAUGAAUCAUCAUCUUGUAUUUUUUCUGUUUUUUCCUUCAGUCCCUGUUUUUUGUUUUUUGUUUUUGUUUUGUUUUUUGUUUUUUAAAUAAUGAAUCCAAAAAGGUUAAAUCAUCAUCAAUGGAUGGAUAGAUGAAUGGCUGAAUGUGUAGUUGGUUGGAUGAGGAGAUGGUUGAGGGGUUGGAUUAUAGAUGGAUGAAUAAAAUGAUCUAUACAUAGUUGGAUAAAUUGACUGAAGGUUGGUGAAUAAAUGAACAGAAUUUUGGAUUAUGAAUUAUAGAUUAUAGAUAGUUUGAAGCAUAGUUGCAUUGAUGACUGGAUUAAUGAAUGAAUGGAUGAAUAAACGGUAUGAUGAGUCGAUGGAUAGAUAAAAAGAUGUUUAAAAAGAUGGAGCAAUUGAAGGGAUGAAUGGAUCAAUAAAGAAAUGGAUUGAUGAUGAUUAAUAAAGUUCUUUUUCUUCUUCUUCUUGUGAAUGGAUAAAAUUAUUGAUGUCUAUAGCUUGAAGGAUGAAAAUUAACAAAUGAAUGGAUGAAUGAAAAUUUGAGCCAAAACACUAAAUUUUGUGUUUUAGGGUAUGUAAAUGUCAAAGAAAAAGACCAUGAGACAGUUCUUGAAUACAUUUUCAAAUAUCUAUAUAAAAAUGAUUCUUUAAAGAUAGAUUUACGUGUUGAUAUCAGCGUCACAUAUUUCAUUUACUCAUGUUGCUGUCAUUGAUUAUUUAUGGGAUUGGGGAAAUUUCUUGCUGUAGCUGGUAAAGUUUGGAAAUAUGUCCUCACUUUUGCAUUUGCCUCCUAAUACUCUGAAUGUGUCAUGUCCCAGUUCCAUUAGUUUUAGUAGGGGUCGUGGUGUUUGCUGCGAGUGGAAUCUUUGGAGACCCCCUGUAUGAGUGCCUUCAAGACACCGACUACAGUGAACUGCUCAACAUCGUGGAGACAGGUCUCCCUGCUGCUAAGACCCCUCGUCAUGUAGCCAUCAUUGGGGGGGGCAUCGCUGGACUGACUGCUGCAAAGUUCUUAGAAGACGCCGGACACAAGGUGGAUAGAAAAACAACUAUGUAGACAUUAAUACGCUGAGUCUUGUGGAAACUGAUACUAAUAAGCCUGAAUGGUUAUCUGACAUGAUCUUCUGUGACCCUGAUGGAAAAGGUAACCAUAAUAGAAGCUAGUAACCGUGUGGGAGGACGAGUGGAGACCUUCAGGAACAGAAGAGAGGGUUGGUACGCAGAAGUUGGCGCCAUGAGGAUCCCCAGCUUCCACAAGUGAGUUCAUCCAGUGAUGACCAAGUCAACACUUUUAGGUACUGCACCCCACUCUAUAAUACAGCAGCAGUGACAGCUGACCUCACUUCACUGAUACCGAUUUGGCACCAUAAACAGUCCUGCUAGUAAGGAGUUGCAGUAGACAAUGCAUGAUAUUACAGUAGCCUCUACUUGGAGCUUCAUACCAUUUUAACAGCUGAGAUCCAAGUGGAGGUCCAACUUCAAGCAACUGAUAUCCAGUUGAGCAGGAACUUCAGGAGCUCCAUGUCUGCAGAGUGUCUGCAGCAGGGUCUUUCUCCUAGCACCCUGGGGGUCCACCUGUAUAUAAGCUGAAUGAUUGAAUCAAAAGUUCAAAAUUCUGUGUUUGUUUUUUUAUCUGAUGUCUUUUUUCUCAACAGGAUUCUUCUCUCCUUUGCCUCCAAAUUAAAAAUCUCCCUGAACCACUUCAUCCAAGAUGACAUCAACACAUAUUAUUUUGUGAAUGGAGUCCUGCAGAAAACCUAUGCGGUGGAAGACAACCCAGAUAUCCUAAACUACAACCUGAAUGAAAGAGAGAGAGGAAAGUCGGCGGCUAAGCUCUUCAGUGAGACGCUCUGGAAGGUUUGUGUACAUUUCAGGGUCUGUUAACUAUCAUUAUUACUUUUGUACAUGUCAGCAUGUUUAUUGCAUAGACUAGAGAUAUAGAUGUCUUUUAAAUGUCACACUUCAGGUGAGGGAAGACUUGCAGGUGAUGGGCUGCAGUGCCAUGCUGGAUAAAUAUGAUUCCUACACAGUGAAGGUAAGGAUGAAAUUGUAUUUCCACUCACUUUGAAUCUAAAUGAGAAAUAUUACUGUAACAAUGACGGUUAACACUUCUCUGAUCAUAGGAAUACCUGGUGAAGGAAGGGAACUUGAGCCGUGGUGCUUUGAGGAUGGUGGGAGACCUCUUGAAUGAAAACAGUCUCUUCUACACAUCACUGAUAGAGAUGCUUUACAUUCAGUCUGACAUCAACGACAACACAGAGUGAGGAAUACUGAUUUGAUCUCUUUACUAUUUGUCUAGUCACUUGUCUCAAUUGUGUCCUUAUGUUGUCCUAACUCACAUUGUAGUCGUAUAUUGGCUUGACUUUUUUUCACAGUAAGAGGAGGUGAGAGUGAGUUGUUCAUAUUUACUGUGUAAACAGACUAGCACUUUGAUUAUAAGAUUGUUUUGGCUGUUUUCCUCCAGAUAUUUCGAGGUGACUGAUGGCUUUGACCACCUCCCGCGAGCUUUUUACCAGCUGUUAAACGCCACAAUCCUCCUAAACUCCAAAGUCAAGCUCAUCAACCAAACAAGUGGCAGCAAUGUGACCAUAACAUUUCAGGACUGGCGUAACUCAGACUCUGUGGUCAACCUCACAGUAGACUACGCUCUGGUUACAUCCUCAGCCAAGGCCACCGUCUUCAUUGACUUCCAGCCUCCUCUUUCUGGAAACAAGAUGGAGGCCCUCCGCUCGGUUCAUUAUGCCAGCUCCACCAAAGUGAUCCUCAGCUUCAGUCAGAGAUUCUGGGAGAAAGAGGGCAUCAGAGGAGGGAAGAGUGUCACGGACCGGCCGUCCCGCUUUAUCUACUACCCUAGCCACAGCUUCCCUGGCACGGAUGCAGGAGCCCUUCUUGCAUCCUACACCUGCUCUGAUGACUCCACCCUCUUCCAGGGUUUGAGUGAUGACGAGCUGAUGGCCGUGGCACUGGAGGACUUGGUAAAGAUCCAUGGAGAAGACAUUCGGCCUCUGUGUACAGGAGGACUGGUAAAGAAGUGGGGUUUGGAUCCUUAUAGUCUGGGAGCUUUUGCUCUGUUCACUCCGUACCAGCAGGGACACUACGCCAGGGAACUGUUCCAGGGCGAGGGGCGGGUGCACUUCGCGGGGGAACACACAGCGACUCCACACGGGUGGAUAGAGACCGCUAUGAAGUCUGCACUCAGGGCAGCGAAGAAUAUAAAUAGCCUUACACUUUAGGAUAUUUAUAACAAAUAUCUGUGUUUACAUAUACUGUAUGGUCUUUCAUGUUCAGUCUUUAGGGGUUUGUUCGAUUUCCCAGAAUACUUUGUGUUCCAACAAUUGGAACCAG